AACCCCAGAUCCAAAAAUGAUUCAUCUCAUACUUUUUAUAUUAGUUGCUGGUUCGUAUUUUGAGCUAAAUGAAGCUUGCAAAGAAAAUCAUGUCGUAAUUCAUAACGAACUCGGUCCCGGUAAAAUUCUCCAGUUGCAUUGUCGUUCCAAAGACGACGACCUAGGCAUACAGACAUUUAAUUAUAAGGCUGCUCCAUCUAUCAUUAGAUUCCAUGACGAAGUGAUUAACCUAACAGAAUGGAAUUGUAUUUUUAGGCACGGACCUAAAAUGGAGUAUUCUGUUGAUAUUGAAGUAUACAAAGCAGGACCAAGAGUUGUUCCUCGAUGUGGCCAGUUACGCGUAUGGACCGCUAGAACUGAUGGAAUAUAUUUUAAAAGAAAACUUCAAGAUCCGUUGAGGUUUGAAGUUCGUUGGAACAAAGGAUAA